AUGUUUAAAAAAGAUAUAUCCGCCGGUGCACGAUCAAAAGUAAAGUCUUCAGUGCAGCGAUCGUUAAGGACCAAAUUCCUGGAAACCCAUCCCGGGUUCGAGCCAUAUAUCGAUGAAGUUCUACCAAAGAAGGCUUCUUUGGAAGCCAUGAAGCUCCCGGACCGAGUAACACUCUACAUUGCAGAUUCCAAGCCUAUUUUCUUCCAGUCUAUGGACAGCCCUCUCAUCCCUCAUCUACGGGUUCUGCAUGCUUUCCCUAACGCCUUGCCUACAGUUGGGAUCGACAGAGGAGCCAUCCGAUUCGUUCUUUCAGGCGCUACAUUAAUGGCUCCUGGCCUCACGUCGACAGGAGGAAGGUUACCUGAUGCAGAUCACGCUUUGGAAGCAGGCACCAUAGUAGCCAUCAGGGCAGAAGGGAAAGAAGAGAUAUGCAUGGUUGGUGAGCUGAAGGUGGGCACUGAGGAUAUCAAGAAGAAAGGUAAAGGCAUUGUUAUGGAUGAAGGUCAUUAUUUAGGCGAUGGGCUCUGGAAACUAAACUUUGAUUAA